GCCCCAAUGUUCUCUCCGCGAGUCGAUUUGCGAUGGCAAUGCCAGUGGUAUGAAACAGUUUCGUCGCAGUUCUCCAACGGUACAGAGGUGCAAUCGCUUAAUUCUCGCAAAAAACAAUCAGUACCCAAUUAUUAAAUAGUUGCUAACAAGUUUCAAAAUGCUGAAAUAUCUGGUUGUUAGCCUGGCCCUUUGCGCCACAAUUUGCUCUGCUGCGCAGACGCGUAAUAUGCCCAUUCAAGCCAUUGCCUAUCUGAUCGGACCCGUGCAAUCGGAUAACACCCAGGUCAAGGGCAACGUGACCUUUACGCAGAACGACUGUGGCCAGAAUGUCCAUGUGCGCGUCCAGCUGGAGGGAUUGAAGGAGGGAAAGCACGGCUUCCACAUCCACGAGAAGGGUGAUCUGACCAAUGGAUGCAUCAGCAUGGGUGCUCACUACAACCCCGAUAAGGUUGAUCACGGUGGCCCCGAUCACGAGGUGCGUCACGUUGGCGAUCUGGGCAACCUGGAGGUUAACUCUUCGGGCAUUAUCGACGUCACAUACACCGAUCCGGUGAUCACACUAACUGGCAAGUUGGCGGUCAUUGGCAGGGGAGUGGUGGUCCACGAACUGGAGGAUGAUCUCGGCCUGGGCAACCAUACGGACUCCAAGAAGACUGGCAAUGCAGGCGGCCGCAUUGCCUGCGGUGUUAUUGGCAUCAAGUAAAUAUCCCUUCCAACGUCUCGGAUGUGGACGAGUGGCCAUGUCGCGAUGGUGGCGCCGGCGCCCUGCGCUACUCCUUCUCCAUCCUGACCGUCAUCCUGGCCCUCAUCAUGGCCCGCAGCCUUGACUAACCCCCAACACCUGCACCCGGAUUGGAUCGAAUGCAUGCAUGUGGCAUGGGAUUGUUGGCCAUCGUAGAGAUCCGCAUCCCCACUUACACACUUACACACACCAAUCACACACCAUUAGUCGCACACCACCACAAAACAGUAAUUAUAAUACUCCAGCAUUAUCCACCCAAAUAGAGAACUCAAAGGAACUAACUAACUAAGCUACUUGUAAAGUGUUUGAAUUGAUCGAUAAUAAAGUUUGUUAUUUGUA